AUGCUAGCAGAUGAGGUGGAGUACUGGUGGGAGAACACUCGCCCACAUCUAGAAGGAGCAGGUGGUGUUGUUGUCCAAUGGGAGACUUUCAGACAAUCUUUUCUGGAGAAGUAUUUUCCAGAAGAUGUGAAGAAUAGGAAGGAGAUGGAGUUUCUCGAGCUGAAACAGGAAAGUAUGACGGUGGCAGAGUAUGCGGCGAGGUUUGAGAACCUUGUAAGGUAUUUUCCUCAUUAUCAGGGGGAAGCUGGGGAGACGUCCAAAUGCGUGAAAUUUGUCAAUGGCCUUCGACCAGAAGUAAAGAUGAUGAGGACCAGUGGAGGACUUCAACCAGUUAGUGGGAGUUCUCAGCCAAUUAACAAGGUGUCUCAGUCUGCGGGUAGAGAUAGUGGUGGUAGUGGUGCUCCUGCUAUUGUUACUACACCACUCAGGUGUGGGAAGUGUGGUCGACUUGGGCAUAUUGCUCGUGAGUGCACCGAUAGAGAGGUGACAUGCUUUAACUACCAAGGUAAGGGUCACCUCAGUACCAGUUGCCCAUAUCCGAGGAGGGAGAAGAGGAGUGGAAGUCUAAAUAACCAGAAUGGACGACCAAGGACCACAAGGAGAGUGUUUGCUCUUAGUGGUGCUGAUGCCGCACAGUCUGAUGAACUCAUCCAAGGUAUGUGUUUCAUAAGUCAAGUUCCCUUGGUUGUAUUGUAUGAUUCAGGUGCGACCCAUUCAUUUAUUUCUCGUGUCUGUGUUGAAAAACUUGCCUUGCUUGUGUCUUCCUUGAAAUUUGACUUGAUUGUGAAUACACCUGCUAGUGGGUCUGUUUUAACUUCUGAUGUGCGCUUGCAAUGUCCUGUCUUAAUUUCUGAUAGACAGUUUCAAAUUGAUUUAGUUGUUUUACCUUUGAGUCAGAUUGAUGUUAUUCUUGGUGAUAUGUUUUUGUCUGCAAACCAAGUUGAGGCAUCUUUGAGGGAGGAUGCACGGGUAUACAUAAUCUUAGCUAAUAUGAGUGUCGAGACUACAAACCCUUUGAGUGAUAUACCAUUGGUGAGAGAGUUUCCAAAGGUGUUUGAGGUGUCAGAAUUACCACCAAAGAGAGAGGUCGAGUUCUUUAUAGACCUAGUGUCCGUUACUGGACCUAUAUCCAUAGCACCUUAUAGGAUGUCCCCUGUGGAGUUGAGUGAGCGUAAGAAACAGUUAGAGGAACUCUUAGAGAAAUAG